AUGUUCCCUGAUUCAACCAUCGCAGCCCAGGUGGCCCUCAAAAGAAAAAAAUGUUCGCAGCAAACAAAAGUUUUAGGAGAACUUCUUGCCAAGCAAUUGGCAAGAAAGUUACAACUUAAUAAAUUUAGCCUGAUCAUAGAUGAGACGACCGACUGCACAGCUGAUAGAGCAUGUGCCUUAAUUGUCAAGUAUUUCGACAAAGAGACCAAUACAAUUAAGACGUCCAUGCUAGACAUCAUUAGCUUGUAUGAUGAGAAUGAUGGAUCGUCAGGGGUGUCUUUAUUCAACCUCAUUACAAAAACCCUGAAUACCUACCAGAUCCCUCUCACGAAUAUGGUCGGAUUUGCUGCUGAUGGGGCAUCAAACAUCAUGGGUGCUGUAAAUUCUGUGAGCAGUAGACUAAAAGCGCACAUGCCUGGCAUCACCAUCUUUAAGUGUGUGGCUCACAGCAUACACUUGUGUAGCAGCGAAGCAGCGAAAACGCUUCCAAGGACCUGCGAAGAACUGGUCCGAAAUGUUUACACCUUUUUCUGCCAUAGCGCAAAAAGGAAAUAUGAAUUCAAAGAAUAUCAGUGGCAGCCACUAAAGCUCUAUUUUAAUGGUAUCAGGCUUGAUGAAAAAUUGUCAUCAAUUGACAGAAUUUGUGAGGCCAUGGAUAAUCAAGCCAUUUACUGCUACCUGAAAUUUUUAAAUUAUAUGUUGCCACAUCUGAACAGAGUGACUUUGGUGUUUCAGGCCAAAGGACCGACACUACACUUGGCCCAUGACAUUCUUCCAAAUUCAUAUCUAAAGUUGCUGAAUUAUCUCUGCCAGCCAACAGCACUACAGAAAAUGAAACCAAAUGAAAUCAACCCUGCAGACCAAACCAUUCAUCUACCAAUAAAUCAAAUUUACCUAGGGGAGGAUGUACACAGCCUCUUCCAAGCACCAAACUAUAAAAACCACAAGUUGGUUACAGAGAUUAAAACCACCUGUAGAACCUUCCUAAUAACCGUGUGCCAGCAAAUAAGAAAACGGUUUGACAAAUAA